AGUAGAGGAAGGCGGGGCUAAAGCGUGGCGCGGGCUUUGGAUGUUAGUAAAGCCAGAGAAGCUAGUGGAGCGGAACAGACCGAAAAUUAUAAAUAUUUAAUUUGAGAGCGGGUCAAUGUCCUGUUAACCCAGUCACCUCUGAAGCACGCAUCGAUAAGCUCAUGGGUGAUGGUGGAUUAAUGGGAAUUAAGGCGUAAACUCGAUCUACACGAUGGAGGAUAUGGAGGUGGAUGUGCAGUUAGGAGCAGCAGGGCCAGUUGGUUCUGUUGGUCUUGAGGUUCCUAUCAUCAUCCCUGACUCUGGGAGCAGCACAGAAGUGGAAGAGGAAGAGGAUGAAGAGACUGAAAGGAGACCUGAAGGAAGCGCUCCUCCUACUACCAGACCACGGCUCUCAACAACUCAGAUUGUCAGGAGAAGGAGAGCUAGAGCAGGUCUACGGUUCCAGUUUUCCACACAGACUACACAUCUGAACAGAGGCCCUUUAGACUUCCUACUUCGGGUGUCAACAGGAAGUGAUACGGAGCCUCUCUCAGGUAGCACAGAUGAGGUGAGCGACUCUGAGGAGGAAAGACGAAAUGCAGAGACAGCGGAUUGGAUACCUGUAGGGGAUGUUGCACCUGUACUGAACAUCAGCCAGCCUGUUUCUCUGGUCAUGCCUCCUAUUCAACAAUCUGGUCCAGACACCAGCCAGCCUGUUGCUCUGGUCAUCCCUCUGCUUCAGCAGUCCAGUUCCACAGAGCCUACUGUUUCUGCUGAGGCUGAUAGGCCUGUCCUGCUAGAUCAGUCUGAGGACAGGGCUGAUUCAGCACCUACAGAGACCAAUAAAGGUGCUUCACCUUCAGCUGCUGUGGCUGCGAAUGAUGAAGGGGAUGGAGAGAACUGCCCUAUAUGUUUUGAACCCUGGACCACAUCUGGUGAUCACCGUCUGGCCACAUUGCGAUGUGGCCACUUGUUUGGCUUCACCUGUAUUGACCGCUGGCUGAAGGGCCAAGGAGCCAAAUGUCCCCAUUGCAACAAGAAGGCCAAGCGGGCUGACAUAGUCUUAUUGUAUGCACAUAAACUGAGGGCAGUGGACAACACGGAACAGGAGAGUUUAAAGAGAUCUUUGGAGCAAGAGCAGAGUUUGCGGAGGAAGGCAGAGCUGGAAUCUGCUCAGUGUCGUCUUCAGUUACAGGUUGUAACAGAUGAGUGUGGUAAACUCCGCAGAGAGGUUCAGGAGCUGAGGAUGUUAAUAGCACAGAAUCCCUCAAGCUCAACUCAGUCUCAGACCUCUACUUUUUCUCUGUCUCAGAGACCUGAUUCCUCAAGCAGGGGAAAUUACGUGUUCUCCAAGGCUGUUCUUGUUUCUCAGGCUGGUGGGUGUCGUGUGCUGUCCUACUGUGAACCCCUCAGUUGUCUGUUGGCUUCUCAACCCUCCCCUCAUGCCUCUCUGGUCCCUGGUUUUGGGGUGAAAAAAAUUAGUGCUGUGAAUCUCAAAGCCAGUCAUUACGUUCCCAUCCACAUUAAACAGAUCAGAGGCCUUGCCUUCAACAGACAGCAAGAUGGCCUCCUGCUUUCUGCUGCCUUCGAUAAUACUAUCAAGCUCACAAGCUUGUUUACAAACACUGUGGUACAGGCCUACAACACCGGGAAACCUGUAUGGAGCUGCUGUUGGUGCCAUGACAACAACAAUUACAUUUAUGCUGGUCUGAGCAACGGUUCAGUGCGGGUGUAUGACACACGGGACACGAGCACUCACGUACAGGAGCUUGCACCCUUUCGUUCCAGUUGUCCAGUUGUGUCUCUGUCCUACCUCCCCCGUGCUGCCUCCAGUUUGUUCCCCUGUGGUGGCCUCAUCGCUGGCUCCCUUGAGGGAGGAUGUUUCUGGGAGCAAGUGGAUGGAACCACUUAUCGACAGCACAUUCUGCCUUUAGAGUCAGGAGGCUGCACAGAUAUUCAGGUGCAACCUGAGAGCAGACAUUGUCUAGUCACCUACAGACCGGGUCGCACCAACCCUUCAUUGCGUUGUGUUUUGAUGGAGCUCAAUCGAAGUCCUCAACAGGACGCUGCCCAGGCACCUGUCUGUUCCUGUUCUCCUGUCCAGACAUUCACUGCUGGCUCGUCAUCCAAGCUGCUUACAAAGAAUGCCGUGUUCAGAAGUCCUGUUUCCGACUCCACUCUGGUGUGUGCUGGAGAUGAGGGCUCUAAUUCUACUAUGGUGUGGGAUGCCAGUACUGGAGGCUUGCUUCAGAAACUUCCUGCAGACUUACCAGUCAUGGACAUCUGCCCUUUUGAGACAAACCAGGAGCACUACCUAGCUUCACUAACUGAGAAAAUGAUUAAGAUCUAUAAAUGGGAGCAGAGUGGCUCAGAUAGAGUGACUCUCUGACUUUGCUUCUUUGAUUAUCGCUGGAUUCUGAGAAUGUGGUCGGUUAAAUCUUGACAUGUUUCGUUGAAAUCACGGGAAUAUCUUGAAUAUCUUUUUAUUGUGAUGACGUGAUUAUAAAAGCAGGGCAUGUGACUGGCUUCAGUUUACCUAACAGAUUGUCCAUUGUGACAUUUACCAUAAAUUGUCCACUACAAUUUUACAUUAAGUUCAUAAAAUUUAAAAUACAUCUGCAGAGAUUUUUAUGGUUUGUUGCAAUUAAAAUAUAUAGUUUUUUUUUUCCCCUUUAUCAUUGUACCAUUUUCUGCAUACUCCUGCCUCACUGGUGCAGUUACAACACAAUACUUUAAUUUAAGAAUUCAAUAAACAAAGACACAUGCUAUUGCUUUUUCCCUGUAAUGGAAAAUGUAAAUGUAUAUAUGUAAAUGUUUUUAAAUGUUCUGUGAUUGUACUUUUUAAUAAAUGUGUACAUAACGUUUUA